AUGGCAAACGACGCGCCACCCCACAUAGCUCUCUUUCCCUGCGCCGGCAUGGGCCAUCUCCUCCCAUUCCUCCGCCUCUCCGCCAUGCUCUCCUCACGGGGCUGCUCCGUCACCCUCAUCACUGUCAACCCCACCGUCACCGCCGCCGAGUCGGACCACCUCUCCGCCUUCUUCGCCGCCCACCCCCAAAUCCAACGCCUCCACUUCCAGCUCCUCCCUUACAAGAAAUCAAACUUCACAAACGAAGACCCUUUCUUCAUCCAGAUGGAAUCCAUCUCCAACUCCGUCCACCUCCUCCCCCCACUCCUCUCCACCCUCUCUCCGCCGCUCUCCGCCGUCAUCGCCGACUUCUCCGUCGCAAACGCCGUCUUCACCCACCUCGCUCCGGAACUACCCAUCCCAAUAUACACACUCACCACCACUUCCGCCAGAUUCUUCACACUAAUGACAAACCUCCCUCACCUAACCACCCACACCCAAGGAGAAGAUAAUAACGGUUACGUAUACGUAACGGUUCCAUCUCUAGGCCGGACGCCGUUAUCGAAUAUUCCGCCGCCGAUGCUCGAGGCCAACCACUACUUCGCCGCCAACAUCAUCUCAAACCUCUCGUCCCUAUCGAAACUGAACGGCGUCAUCAUCAACACGUUCGACUCGUUCGAACCGGAAGCCAUUGAAGCACUGAUCAGCAAAGAAAAACUAGCACUAGUACCGAAAAUUCUCCCCUUGGGGCCCUUCGAAUCUCUCGAAACCGAUGCACGUGAGGACAAUAAUCUCCCAUGGCUAGACGAACAAGCUCCCGAAUCGGUCGUCUUCGUUAGCUUCGGAAACCGAACGGCCCUAUCCAAGGAGCAGAUCCGAGAACUAGGAAACGGGUUGUUGAGAAGCGGGUCGAAAUUCUUGUGGGUGUUAAAAGGCGGGAAAGUUGAUAAAGAUGAUAAGGAAGAAGUGGGAGAGAUUCUCGGGGAAUCUUUUCUUGAGAGGGUGAAGAGUAAGGGGCUAGUUGUUAAGGGGUGGGUGAAUCAAGAAUUGAUUUUGGGCCAUGUUGCUGUAGGUGGGUUCGUUAGCCAUUGCGGUUGGAAUUCGGUUACGGAAGCGGCUCGAUUAGGGGUUCCGAUUUUGGCUUGGCCGUUGCAUGGCGAUCAAGGGGUUAAUGCAGAGGUGGUGGAGAAGGUGGGGUUAGGGCUUUGGGUUAGGGGGUGGGGUUUGGGUGGUGGAGAGAAAUUGGUGGGUGAAAAUGAGAUUGCUGAGAAGAUAAAGGACUUGAUGGGAAAUCAAAAAUUGAGGAGUAUAGCUAUGGAGGUGAAGGAGAAAGCUCGAUUGGUGAGAGAAGCUAAUGGGAGUUCGGAAAUGUUGAUUCGAGGCGUAAUCGAGUCGUUGAAGAACAAGGGAAAGGCGUGA